GUUCUGUUACGCAGCAGGGUUUCCCUUCACCACACGCUGGUAGCUGCAUAAUGGCGCCAUCUUCUCUCAAACAUGCUUCGCCCUCCACGAGAUCCAUGUCGAUUAGCGACCCUUGAUCGUGGACUGCAAGUUGGCCAUCCAGUUGCUCAGGCUUUCUUCCAGACGUGAGCGGACCAGCCUCGGCGUGCACAACCACAAUCCACUCGAAGUCUGGCUGAAUUGUGCACUGUAAUUGCACCGCCACAAAUCCUGCAUUGAGCUCUUCGAGACUACUACUACACCACCACUGCUGGAACAACAGACCUCCACCCGCGCCGAGUUCGAGUAAAAUCCUCUGCCGCCUUCUGCCUGCACGAUGCUUCUCAGAAGCCUCUGCGCUUGAUCUGCCACCGAAGAGAUAGUCACACAAAAUCCAAUGGGCGCACUUCAAAGAUUAUAUACACAAAAAUGGACAAGGAGAAGGACAAACCAGAUGCCGGGUUAAGAUCCCUCGAUCAUUACAAGGUCCGCCUUCCAAAAUGGCGAUACCGCGUGCGCGAACAGCUUCUACCCAUUGUCCGCUGGGAGACACCCUACGUCGCCUGGCUGCAGGACAACCUUCGAACGCCAGCCCUUGACACCUACUUUGCCAUGACGGCCAACUUGGGCACCCAUACGUUCUUCAUGGUCAUGCUUCCCAUUCUGUUUUGGUGUGGACAUACGAGUAUAGGCAGAGGUAUGGUGCAUAUCCUCGCGUCGGGAGUCUUCUUCAGCGGUUUCAUCAAAGAUCUACUAUGUCUCCCGCGUCCUCUUUCGCCGCCGCUACAGCGCAUCACCAUGUCCGGUUCCGCAGCACUCGAAUAUGGGUUUCCUUCCACCCAUUCCACCAACGCCGUGUCGGUCGCCAUCUAUUCGCUCUACCUGCUCAGGGCCCCAAACAGCCAGAUGAGUCCCCAGUUCAACCUGGGUCUCCAGGUGAUUUGCUAUUUCUACGCCUUUUCGAUCGUGCUUGGUCGGCUCUACUGUGGCAUGCACGGCUUCUUUGACGUUAUCUGGGGCAGCGCCCUCGGGGCAGCUCUGGCGCUGGUGCAGUGCUGGUGGGGUGAUCCGUUCGAUGAAUGGCUGCACGCCGGUGACCUCAAAAGAGUGUUGCUCGUUGUCUUGAUCAUAUUAGUAUUGGUUCGCAUUCAUCCCGAACCGGCUGAUGAUUGCCCUUGUUUCGACGACAGUGUGUCGUUCGCCGGGGUCAUGAUCGGCUGCGAAUAUGCCGUCUGGCAUUUUGCACGCACUCCGUAUGCGUGGUCACUCCCUGCCCCAGGCACCGUGCCCUUUGACCUGGAAAAGAUGGGCUGGUCAAUCGCCGCCCUGCGCAUUCUCCUGGGAGUUCUUACCAUCUUCCUCUGGCGAGGGGUGAUGAAACCACUUCUGCUCAAAGUCCUUCCGCCCGUCUUUCGAGUAAUUGAAACCAAAGGUCUUACGUUACCGCGACGGUUUUUCAAACCAGCCUCAGAGUAUGAGACCAUUCCGCGACAGGAGCACGAUGACAAUGUUAUUCCACCGGCACGAGACAUUCCGCAUUUGCUGUCGUCCUUCCGGAGGAGACGGGCUGUUUCGGUUGGGCCACAGUCUGAAGCUGACGCAUACGAGACACUGGCAUACCGCAACAAAAAGAGACGGGACAGCCUCAAUGCCGCCGGAUCUCCUAGCCCUGCGAAAGAGUCAUCCCCCGAACCAUCCUACCUCGAAUCAGAACCAGCCGCAGAGAAAUUUGUGUCAACUCGUACACGGAAGAGGUCGAGCAGCUUGGAAAUGUUUCGAGCGCAGAUGGGUGAAGGGGUAGAGAGUCUAUCUCCGGCCUUAGCCAGUUCUCCUGAAGAUGGACGAACCCCCAGUCCACAAGAGGUUCAAGAGAUGGAUGAACUGCAGGAAAAGAGGAUCUUUUCCCAUAUUCAGAAGCCCAGGGUACGCUACGAUGUCGAAGUGGUGACUAAGCUGAUCGUUUAUUCGGGAAUUGCAUGGUUGGCUGUAGAGGGCAAUCCGAUCAUGUUCAAACACCUGGGACUAGCAGUGGAUUGAUUGAAUGCAUGAAGAAGAGGCAGUGGUGUUGCUUGUGUGUGCUACUGUGGUACUGAUCGUUUGUCUAAUGAAAUUCUAUUCUCCUACCCUAGCAAUACAGAGUGAAUCCCGGUAGGUAUUGUGUCGUUGUGUACAAUAGGUAUAUACUAAUAGCUAUUGCCGCAAUCCUGCACGAGGGCAUGCAGUUUUGUAUUGAAGCUCCCCAGUGUUGCUUGAAGCAGUA